AUGGUGCGCAGGGAUAGGUCGUACUCCCCAGAUUCGUCCAAUAAACGGGUAAGACACUCUCACCGUUCACCUCGGUCACCGUCGCCGACUAGGCGCAAUAGCCAAAGGGGUAGCAAUAGAUCUCGGUAUGAAGACGACAGGGACCGUGACCGGGACGGAGAAUGGGAUAUCAGAGACAGAGAUCGUGCAAGGGAAAGGGAACGCGAACGCCUCCGCGACGAAAGAUACCGAGAAGAGCGGCGGAGAGAGGCCCUGAGACGUGACGACCGACGCGAUGACAGAAGGGAUGACCGGAGACGUUCACGCUCUAGAGACCGCCGUCCUGCUACACCUCCUCGGUCUCAGUCAACUACAGAGGCUGCAGCGACUCCUCCUCCACCAGAGGAUGAGAAGGUUAAGGCUCGUCGGGCAAAAUUGGAAGGCUGGCGGAAGGAGCGGGAUGCCAAAAAAGCCCUCGGUGAAGCCAAGGCUAAGGCAAUGGCCCUAGCGGGUAAAUCUGCGCCAGUAAUCACCGACAACGGAAAACCUACUGGGCAGCUAAAUCGUGCAGCACUCGGCGGCCUUGGCUUAAAAGGCCUACCACUCAAGCCCGAGUUUGCGAAGCAAAGCAAAACUGCCGCGUCUAUGGAUGAUUCGGUGGAGACGAAACGGAAGCUCGAAACCCUCGGUGAUAUGCCUGCUGUCGAUAUGACUAUGGCCGAAGGAGAAGCAAGCGUUGGUGAUUUGGAGGUCGAUGACGACGACGAAGAAGCCAACCGUCUGGACCAAGCUCGAAAAUCAAAGGCGCAGGAUGCGAUGGAUGUGGAGGAGGAGGACGAAGCUGAUCCCUUGGAUGCCUUCAUGAGUAGUGUGAAAGAGGAAGUGAAGAAGGUCAACAUGGAAGAUAUGAAGAAGAUGUUAGGCGGUAACAACGGUACGAAGUCGCGCAUUCGAUUGGACGAAAGGAUGGCAGAUGAGGAAGCGGAUGACGUCGGAGACAACAUCGUCAUGGAUGAGCUCGAUACGACGGAGCUUAAUCCUGAGGAUAUCUUGGCGUUGGCUGCGAAAAAAGCCAAGAAGAAAGAAUUGGCUUCUGUUGAUCAUUCACGCGUCAAGUAUGAGUCCUUCCGCAAAGAGUUUUACGUCCCUCCGCCAGACAUUGCGGCCAUGACCGACGAGGAAGCGGAGCUGUUAAGGCUCGAACUCGACAGUAUCAAGAUCAGAGGUGUUGACUGCCCUCGUCCAGUGACGAAAUGGAGUCACUACGGUUUACCAGCUAAUUGUCUCGAUGUCAUCAAACGUCUAAAUUAUGUAGCACCAACUUCGAUUCAAGCCCAGGCCAUCCCUGCUAUCAUGUCUGGCCGAGAUGUUAUCGGUGUCGCAAAGACGGGUUCAGGAAAGACCAUCGCAUUCCUCUUACCUCUUUUCCGCCAUAUAAAGGACCAGCGCCCGCUAGAACAAAUGGAAGGUCCGAUUGCUAUUGUCAUGACGCCUACGCGAGAGUUAGCAGUACAAAUACAUCGAGAAUGCAAGCCCUUUUUGAAAGUAAUGAACCUGCGUGCUGUGUGCGCUUAUGGAGGAUCACCUAUCAAGGACCAGAUUGCGGAACUGAAAAAGGGCGCGGAAAUCAUCGUCUGUACCCCCGGUCGGAUGAUUGACUUGUUGACGGCGAACUCUGGACGAGUGACGAAUCUCAAACGAAUCACCUACGUCGUUCUUGAUGAAGCUGACCGCAUGUUCGACAUGGGGUUCGAACCUCAGGUCAUGAAAAUUGUAAAUAACAUACGACCUGAUCGUCAGACGGUGCUAUUCUCGGCCACGUUCCCGAAGCAGAUGGACUCGUUGGCACGCAAAAUCCUUCGGAAGCCUUUGGAGAUCACUGUCGGUGGUCGAUCUGUUGUGGCUGCAGAGAUUGAGCAGAUAGUGGAAGUACGCCCAGAAGAAUCCAAAUUCACACGGCUUCUCGAAAUUCUUGGGCAGAUGUAUAACGAGGAUCCUGAGUGUCGCACGUUAGUUUUCGUCGAUAGGCAGGAAGCAGCUGAUAACCUACUUCGGGAACUUAUGCGGAAGGGAUAUCUGUGUAUGUCUUUGCAUGGAGGCAAGGACCAAGUCGACAGAGAUUCUACUAUCGCUGAUUUCAAAGCUGGUGUUGUUCCUAUCGUUAUUGCUACUUCGGUCGCCGCGCGGGGCUUGGAUGUUAAGCAGCUGAAGUUGGUCAUUAACUUUGAUGCACCCAAUCAUAUGGAGGACUACGUCCAUCGUGCUGGACGGACGGGUCGGGCUGGAAAUAAGGGCACUUGUGUGACAUUCAUAACGCCUGAGCAAGAUAGAUACUCAGUGGAUAUCUAUCGCGCUUUGAAGGCGAGCAAUGCUACGGUUCCCAAAGAUCUGGAAGAUCUCGCUAAUGGCUUCCUUGACAAACUCAAGACAGGGAAGGCACAUGCCGCAGGUUCCGGAUUCGGUGGAAAGGGCCUCGAUCGUCUCGAUAAGGAGCGUGACGCGCGAGAGAAAGCUGAACGUAAAGCCUACGGUGAACCAGACGAAGAAAAGACCUCCACCGCCGAAGAGGCUACUGCAAAGGCCACUGCUACCAAUGGUGACGAUAUGACAUUUGGUAACUUCAAAGUCGAGAUCAGGAGAGGCCCAGCACCAGACUCGUCAAAGGGUCUUCUUGGGGUUGGCGGGGCAGUGGCCGCUGCUCGUCGUUUGGCACAUGCGAAGGAGGAAGAGAAAUUGCAGGCUCAGAUGCGCGCCGCCGAAGAUGCUGCUGCUCGGGCUGGCAAGGAUACCCCUGCUCAGAAACAGGCUCUGAGUGUCGUGUCCAAGCUUAAUGCCCAAAUAAGGGCACAGAGACUGGUUUUGCAAUCUCAGAUUCAAUUGGAGGAAAGUGGGGGUCCAAAAAAGCUCCCUGCGAGCACCUCCGAUUCUUCCGAUUUCCAUGCUAUUAUACCUAUCAACGAUUAUCCUCAAAAGGCAAGGUGGCGGGUUACCAACAAGGAAACGAUGGUCCAGCUCAUCGAUAUGACGGGUGCAUCAGUAACCAACAAAGGUAUUUACUACGAAAGUGGCAAAGAACCGCCUCUCGAAGGCCCGCCGAAGUUGCAUCUUCUUGUUGAAUCCAAUGAGGAAUACAGGGUCGAACAAGCCGUUAGAGAAAUCAAGCGGUUGCUUAUCGAGGCAUCUGCAGCUGCAUUACAGGCAGAGAUGCGCAAUCCUACUGGCACGAUGGGAAGAUACAGCGUUUUGUAA